AGAAAGAUCAAGUGCAAAGCUCGUAUUAUCGCCACUGGUGAUGACUUUGUUCAAAUCAAGGGUGAACACAUCUGCAUCAACGAUGACCGUAUCAUCGUACGGGAUGUGCAAUACGAGAUGCGGCAGCUUUUAGAAGUACGCAGUCUCGGAGAUUUGCGAGUCGUCCCUACUCGUGUUUGGCGCAACGUGAAGGACGAGAUCGUUAGGGAGCACGAGAAGGGCGCAGGGCUUAAAAUAUUAGCCAAGUCCAAAGGGAUCGGUAUAGUCAAGCGCUGCCGCAACGACGCCAAUGGAGGAGAUGUCUUCCGAGCCAUUGAAACUUAA